AUGUUUAGAUCACAUCGUAUAUCAUGAAGUAGAGCAUUCAGCCCACCGAUUUACCCUAGCUACUCGACUUCUCACCGGCGUUAUCUGUCGGCAUUGCCAUCCUUUCGCUGCCUUUCAGCGACGACCGCUGAUAGGAGCGCUCACGAGCGAUGGACGGACUCAUGGCCAUGUUAUUGGCCGGACGAAGGGCAAAGCAGAAGGAAGAGGAGAGGGCCAUCAUCAGCCAGACUAUGGCAGACUGCCCACUUCCACCUGAGAUACUCCUCAUGAUCAUCGAAUGCUAUGUCGCCGAAAGGCACGAGGAGCUUGUUGCUUUCCGGAGCAAAUGGGCAGAAUGCGAAACCGACGAGCAAUACAUUGCUUCGCGUGAAGAGCAUGGAUUGGCUCACUGGCCCAUUCUUCCCAUUCUUACCACGGCCAAGUUCUUCCAUGUCUCAGCAAUCCCUCUGCUCUAUAGCAGGGUCACUCUACUGGAUGGCGAAACUCUAAGCGACUUUUGCAAAUCCCCGGCGCUGUCGUCCUAUAACCUGAUCCAAGAGCUUUAUGUGGACGCCGGGGAGGCUUAUGACGCAGGCGAGAUCGACCGAAUCACCCAUUUCCGACAUCUCGCGAUGUUGUGCACGAUGGCUGCCAAGAGUGAUCUUUUUUGGGAUCCGAAAGAUGUCGAUGAUUACGACAAAUUUCAGAAUACCUAUUCGUACUGGAGAGAAGAGUUACUUCCUAAGAUCGGGAUCCUGACGGUUCGGAAUCGCCGGAUGGGAAAUCUUGGAAACCUAUCCAAACUUUUUCGCACGGGCCAUCUUAUCGUCGAUGGAUACUACGCCGCAAGAGAGCCGGAAGUACCGCUGGACACUCACCCUAAAGUCACUCUAAUUUGCGAUCCGGCCGAAGAUUACAGUGGUGAAGGUGGAAUCACAACUAUGGACGUUCUGGGCAACGAGCUCUUUCCUGCCUAUGGCAUGGACCCUGAACUCGAGUGGGCUAUCGGUGGAAAAACGAGUCGGGUCGGGGGACCGAAAUCACAUGGGUCGCCUGUCAGUGCGGCUGAGACCAUCGUCAGCCUGGUCAAGAGCUUUCCUUAUCUAUCAGUGUUUGGUUAUGGCCGCGACACGAGGAUUUUGAUCUCGCCCUAUCUAGGACCUCUCGGAGACGACCACUCUUGGUGCUUUGCCGGCCCUAUAGAGCCAGUUCGGACGACUUUCUGUUUACCGGACUUUGUCUUUGUAUCCAAGUGCGAUUGUGGACACGGCAGCAAGACGCACUUCUGGGACGGAGCUCGCGAGGCCUUGCUCAAGUACUGGAAACCGCUUCUGGAAAGGGAACGUGAUGGAGAUCAGGAUUGGAAGGCAGAACAUUCCGCUAAAGUCCUGAAAGAACAGUAUGGCACUUAGAGUCGCAGCAUUGAUACGGCCUGGCCGCUGGUAGCCUUUGGGAUAGCAUCCUCCUAAUGCCUCACGAAAGCUCUUUGCUAUAACGAUCACGACCAGUAACGCGCGUAGAGUUAUGUAUGUAUAUGUCGACAGCUUGCAAACAUGCGGUGCAUACGCCUUCCUGCUCGACACUCCGAGCCCGCCUCCAAUGUGCGAUGAAUUCCGGAAGGAGAGAGGCGCAUUAGCUACUUGACUUUCGUCUACAGCUACUCGAUCAUACACGAAGACAGGUGUACCCAUGAAGGGACUGGCACAAGGGCCCGCUUGACCUGGGCGUCCAGAU